UGGGUUUCAGCGGUAUUCUAAGAACGAUCAGUUCGUGACGUAAACUCUGAAUUCCACUAUCCUCAUAGGCUGACAACUAAAUUUUGUGGCGGGUAGUACGUCAUUCGAGGUCAUUAUGUCCAAUGUAAAACCGAAGAGUGUGUCGGAUAUAUUUUGUGAUGCACAUGCUUUGCAUGUAGUUGACACAAGCAGAGCCAAAGACGGAGUUUGGUUAGUCAAAGUUCCAAAAUAUUUGGCUGAACUUUGGCAUAAUGCUGGUCCUGAUGGUGUAGUUGGCAAAGUUGUGAUCGCAAGUUCAACUAGUGCAUCUCAGAAUAGUAACAAAGGCCCAGGGUCACAAGUCACUCUUGUUACUGAUUCAGAACUAUUAAAUCAAGUCGGAGAGUCCGGAAAUCUGAUACCAAAGGAACAUCAGUUUCUGAUUCAAACUUCUGCAUCAUCAAAUAGUACACCUGGGACUGCUCGCCCAGGUCAAACUACUCCAAGUUCGACAGUUCAAAGGCGUCCUGGGACUAUAUCUGGACAAGAACUCAUAAUUUUAUGUGAAGACGACCUUGGAUGUGCUCAAACCAACUCGUUUCCAUCUUCGACGACCAACACAACUUUAAUUUCCUCUGCAGCCCCACAUUCUCCAUUCUCAAAUAAACCGUACGCUCGUUACUCUCGGCGACUAUCUUUGUUUGGUCGUGUUAACAGUAGAGCUGAAUGCAGACCACCACCCAAUACAAGAUAUAUGAUGCUCAAAGCUCAACAGGUUCAUAAAAUAUUUCCUAAUCUUGAAUGUCCUAUUUUGUACCCAUCCUAGUUCUAGAAAUACUUAACCCUCACUCUUGUCCUAGUUUUAUAUUUCUUUUAUUUCCUCAAGCUCAAAGCAAAGAAUCGACCGCGACAUGAAGUCUGUCUCCUUUAUGAACCAGUAAGAAAUUACAAACCAGUUUCCAAUCAUGUCAACAAUAUCGAGUAUGAAAAUCGGAAAAAGGUUGAGGGUAAAAAUCUUAGACGUGAAAAAGAAGACGUUUUGCAGGAUUUGUUCAAAGCUUUCGAAAGACACCAAUAUUACUCUAUUAAAGAUUUGGUUGUACUUACUAAGCAACCAUUGUUUCAGUUAGUUUUAAUCAUAAUCCUGAUCAAAUUCGAAAUACGUUGAUACCGUAGAAUCUACUAACACGUAUCACGUUCGAUGAUUGGUCGUAUAUGUCUCAUCGUCGUUUACUUAUAACUAGUCAAAAUCCUCAGUAAUUAUUGGUUAAAACUGUGUUUAUUAUAUCCAUUAUUUUUAGAUGUUAGAUUAAUUCUGUCAAUUUAUUGUACAUAUAAUCACUGAUAUGUUUUUCACCCUUAACCUUCUCUUGUUUAUCUUGCGUUUACAAGCAAAAGCACCAUCAUAAAAAUGAAUUUCUGUCGAUAACCAUGACGGGAUUCAAGAAAGGAAGAACAAGAAAACAGCAAUUAACAGCAGCCGAACAGCAAUAGAGGAAGUCAAGGCAUAAUCUGGACACACCAAAGCAAACAAGCAAGUGAAAAGAAGAAUUAGAGCUGACAAACAGAAAUACGCAGAAGACCUGGCAGCGACAGCGGAAGAAGUUGCUAAGGGAGAGAAUAUGAGACAACCAUAUGACAAAACGAAGAAACGAGCAGGGAAAUAUAGUUAACCAGAACAACCAGUCAAGGACAAAGAAUGCAAACCAAUCACUGAGGUUCAAAAACAGAAGAAAAGUUGGUAGAGCACUUUGAAGAACCCUUGAAUAGUCCAGCCCCACUGAACCCACCGGACAUCGAAGCAUUACACACAAACCUCCCUAUAGCUGUCAGUAACAACGAUCAAAGAAAUUAGGAGUGAAAAAGCAGCAGGACCUGACAACAUACUAGCCGAAGCAGUGAAGUCAUAUCAGGCGGCCUGUUUGAAUAUCUGGGCCUACCUGUCUCUGCCAUCAAGAUAUUUCAACAAGUUACCUGUUUUCUUGUUUUUCUUAACACAUCAUUAUGCCCGUUAGUCUCAUAACCUAUUCAGGUGUGUUUGUGAAAAGUUUACUGCAUUUCGCUGUACAACUUACGAAAGAGCCUAAUCAGAGACACCGUGGUUGUUGGCAAUAUGCUUCGAAAAGAAUAUACAUGAUUCAGAUGUCGAUUCCUGCUAACAUCUAACUGGCGACCACUCAAUAUUUAUCGCAAGGAUCGGUCAAGAAAUAAGAAAAGGAAACUUGUUGAAAUACUGUGCUGAGAAUUCUAUACUGUACCAAAAAUAUAAUAUUGAAUAAACGUUUCUAACAAUGUAUCAAUAAACCGACUGAAGGAUUCAGUAGACAUACAGCUUCGAGAUCAACAGGUCGGAUUCCGUAAGGGUCGGUUAUGCACAGACCAAAUCGCAACACCAGAGGUCAUCGUUAAACAACCAGUUAAAUAGAACUCGUCACUGUGCAUCAACUUUCUUGACUUGAGUGCUGUUAGAGGUAUGAGGGUGGUUAUCACUUCCCGGUUGCCUACACCGUGGAAGGGUUCUUCUGGAAAUACCUGAAAAGGAAAUUGGAUUAGAGGUGGUCUUAGUGACCUGAGGGCGUGACCGCAGUGCCCAAGGGACAACU